AGAAAAGAAGCUAGUUGUUUUUCCCCCAGGAGUGGAUUUGUGGUUCGGAUUCCCCAUGGCUUCCUGCCGCGCCUGUGACCUCAAAGUGCUGGUGGCCACUGUGUGUGGGUUGCUGACUGCUGUUGUUUUGGGACUGGGCAUCUGGAGGUUCGUGAUCAGGAUCCAGAGAGAAACGCUUACUCCCCCAUCAAGCAUCCCUGUAGAGUUCUGCAGGAAUGGUGGAACCUGGGAAAAUGGCAGAUGCAUUUGUCCAGAAGAGUGGAAAGGACUGAGAUGUACAAUCACUAAUUUCUGUGAAAACAGUACCUAUGGGAGUUUUACUUUUAACAGAAUUCCAGUGGGAAGAUAUGGAUCUUCCUUGCAAACAUGUGACGAGAACACUCUAAAUGCGGGCAAUCCAGUGGCAACCCGGUUGUGCAGUCUUAAUAUAUAUGGAGAGAUAGAAUUGCAAAAUGUGACAAUAGGAAAUUGCAAUGAAAACUUGGAAACCCUGGAAAAGCAGAUAGUCAACAUCCCAACACAGUCUCAAAAUAUUUCUGAUGAAACCCGGAUUUUAACAUCUGAUGCCAGUAAAUUAACUCCUGAGAACAUCACUUCUGCUACUAGAGUGGUUGGACAGAUUUUUAACAAAUCCAGAAAUGCUUUGCCUGAGGCAAAAAUAGUGGCUGUAACAACAGUGAGUCAACUUCUGGAUGCCAGUGAAGAUGCUUUUCAAAGAGCUGCUGCUACGACUAAUGAUGAUACCUUUGCAACGCUUAUUGAGCAAAUGGAGACUUAUUCCUUGUCUUUGGGCAACACUUCAGUGGUGGAACCGAAUAUAGCAAUACAGUCUGUUAAUUUCUCUUCGGAAGAUUCUGGGGGGUCUACAGGUGUUCUCUUCACUGUGCUGAAAGGAGCUAGUGGUUCUCUGGUUUCUGGUUCCACACUUCUAAAUACAAAUGUGGACAAACUAAAUCUGAAUGAACAGGCUGAACUUCAGAUCUUGCUCAACACUUCAAAAACUAAUGCCAAGGCAUGUGGCUUUGUAGUGUAUCAAAACAACAAGCUUUUCCAAUCAAAAACUUUUAUAACUAAAUCAGAGUUUAGUCAGAAAAUUGUCUCAAGCAAAACUGAUCAAAAUAUGGAAAAUCAAAAUGCUUCUGUUGAAAUGGCCUUUAGUCCAAGGUACAACCAAAAAGAAUUCCAGCUUCAUUCCUAUGCCUGUGUCUACUGGAAUUUCUCCAUGAAGGACUGGGACACGUAUGGCUGUCACAAGGAAGGAUUUGUUGAUGGAUUCUUGCGCUGUCGCUGCAACCAUACUACCAACUUUGCUGUAUUAAUGAGUUUCAAAAAGGACUAUAAAUAUCCUAAAUCACUGGACAUAUUAUCCAAUUUUGGAUGUGCACUAUCCAUCACUGGUCUGGCUCUCACAAUUAUAUUUCAGGUUGUCACCAGGAAAGUCCGAAAAACCUCAGUCACCUGGGUGUUGGUCAGUCUGUGCGGGUCCAUGUUGAUUUUCAACCUCCUCUUUGUGUUUGGCAUUGAAAACUCCAAUAAGAACCAACAGACAAGUAAGAGUGACACUGAUAAUACUGACCUUAGUAGUAACGAAAUGCUCAGAGAGGACAUCAUUUUCAUCUCGAACCCCAAGUGCACUGUGAUUGCUGCCUUGCUGCACUAUUUCCUGUUAGCGACAUUCACCUGGAUGGGCCUCAGUGCUGCCCAGCUCUAUUUCCUUCUAAUUAGGACCAUGAAGCCUCUUCCUCAACAUUUCAUCCUUUUCCUGUCUUUGAUUGGAUGGGGAGUCCCGGCAAUAGUGGUGGCUCUGACUGUGGGCAUUAUUUAUUCUCAGAAUGGGAAUAAUUUACAAUGGGAGUUAAACUACCGGCAAGAAGAAAUCUGCUGGCUGGCAGUUCAGGAAGGCAAUGAUUUUAUAAAAAGCCCAUUGUUGUGGUCAUUCAUCGUACCUGUGACCAUUAUCCUCAUCAGCAACAUUGUUCUAUUUAUUGUCAUCGCAGUCAAAGUGCUGUGGAGGAAUAACCAGAAUCUGACAAGCACAAAAAAGGUUUCAUCCCUAAAGAAGAUUCUUAGCACAUUAUCUAUUGCAGUUGUUUUUGGAAUUACCUGGAUUCUGGCAUAUUUAAUGCUAAUGAAUAAUGAUGACAUCAGGAUCAUCUUCAGCUACAUAUUCUGCCUAUUCAACACUACGCAGGGAUUGCAAAUUUUUAUCCUCUACACUGUCAGAACAAAAAUCUUUCAGAAUAAAGCUUCCACAGUGUUGAAAUCAUUGUCGUCAUCUGCUGGGAAAGUGAAGGUGCUGCCGUCAAUGAGCCCACUGCGGCUGCGUGUCAGGAUGUAUAACGUGCUCAGGUCAUUUCCAGCCCUAUACGGACGCUUUAGGCUGCUGGAUCCAUCUGUACUUACUGAGGAAAUGACAGACCCUGAAAGUGACCAAGCAGAUGGACAGUAAAACUCUUACCUUUUGUGGUCCUCUUUCUACCCAUCGCAUGUUGAGUUUUACUUUUUCUGUUUCCUUCCUUUAGUACACAGUCUUCCAGGGGGGUCUCCCUCAGUGUAUUUUGCUCAAAGUUAAGAAUCCAGUAAAACCUGUUAUCUGUUAUCAUCAGGGAUAAUGGAUUUGGUAAUUUCUCUCUUAGUCAAUAGAUUCUUAUACCAAUGAAGUGAAGACUUCCACUCAGCUUUCAAGAAUAUUCAAAAUUAUCUUUGUCCCUCA